AUGGACAGAGAAGUUGAAGCUCAGAUUGGCUUGAAUAAUGUGAAGAUUUUGAAAUCGAAUAUUUUGGAUUCAGAUGAGGGGAAAUUAUUUUUGAAGUUUGGGGAUGAAGAUUUGGUAAUUGGGGAGCUGGAAUCACUAAAAGCCAUUCAAUCUACUGAAACAAUAUUAUGUCCGAAGCCUUUUGGAAUAAUCAGACGAAAUGGUUCUUAUUCACUAAUCACAAGUUAUAUUGAUUUUCAACUCAGAAAGGACUGGGCCCUGGCAGGGUCUCAACUGGCCAAAAUGCACGCAAAAAAUGGUGAGCAACUGGCUCAAAAUGCUCGGCGAACUCGAUUCGUAAGCGUCAAUUCCGGAAUGUCAGAUAUUUCGAAAUCUGAAGAAGGAGAGCAGAUUGGUACAGAAAAUUUUGGAUUUCAUGUGACAACGUGUUGUGGAAGAUUAGGGCAAGAGAAUGAUUGGACGGAGACUUGGGAGGAAUUCUUCAUUCGUCACCGCCUUAAGCCACAAAUUGAUAGAUUAAUCGAGACUCACAACGAUCGUCAACUUUUCGAACUGUCCGAAAUACUCUAUACAAAAACCGCCAAACUUCUGAAAUGUCGAGAAAACGUGCUUCCAUCUCUUGUUCACGGAGAUUUAUGGGGUGGAAAUUGGAGUAUGACUACUGCUGAUGGUGCUCCAGAGCCAAUAAUAUUUGAUCCAUCGUCAAGUUAUUCGGAUCCUGAAUUUGAAUUUGGAAUUAUGAAAAUGUUUGAAAUACAAAAAGCGGAUAAGCCUGUCUCUGGAAUUCAAAUCUCUUGGCAAAUCGAUUCUGAUCGACGUCAAAGUAUUUCGGAGCUGGGGGACUGACUUCGACGAAUCGAUGUAUCAUAGAAUGCAGAAAUGUAUAAAAACCCUCAAAAUCUUUCAAGUUUUAAUGUGUAUUCCAGAAGCUAAAAUAGAAAAGAAGCAUCAAUUUUAUUUGGAGACAGUUUUCAGAAAUGUACUUUCUUCCAAAUUGAUGUGCCCAAAUUUUUGGCUCGAAAUUUCCACUUUAUGGUUUAAUUUUAAAGAGAAAACGUUUUUUGUCCUAAUGUUUUAGAAAUGAUAAAUGAUCAAAAUUGCAUUUUGCAUUGCAUUUUAUCUCUUGUCAACUCAAAUUAACAAUAAAAAAUGAUUUUGAAAAA